GGAACAUCUAUUAUUCAUGGUUAGUGUUAGGGAAACUGGAGAGAGCGUUUAGCAUUACGAUUAAUAAAGAGCGAGAAAAAAGAGAUUGACAAAAAAGACCUCCAGAAGAUAUCGGUGGAGAGAAGCCGAAUGACAGUCGUCCAGGUAUUAGGAAAGCACUUGAGCUAGAGGGAUUGGCUGGAGUGGGGUCGAAGCAUGGGCUGUGCCUCAAGCAUUCAUAUCUCCGAUAGGGUGGGCUAUCAAAGUGGAAAGGAAUCAGACGAUUCCCAGCAGACCAAUACCACUCCUGCCCCAGGACUUCCGAUCAAACCCAACACUAUCAAGAACACAUUUACCGAGGUGCAGUUUGGACCAAUGAAGUUAUACGAAGAUCAUCUUCAGGUACUGUUAGUAUUUGCCAAAGAGGACAGCCAGAAUAAUGGGUUCUGCUGGGCGUGUGAGAAGGCCAACUUCAGGUGUAACGUGGCGAGGACACCAGAGGUGGCGCUGGAGUGUUUCCUGGAAAAGCACCACGACCUCGUCAUCAUCGACCACAGACAUUCCAGAUACUUUGACGCUGAAGCACUAUGCCGGUCGAUCAGGGCGGUGACCUCUUCAGAAAACACUGUGAUAGUUGCUGUAGUAAAAAGGCCGGACAGGGAGGAGGCCUCAGUGAUGCCUCUUAUCAAUGCUGGCUUUAAUAGGAGAUACGUGGAGAACACUAACAUGAUGGCCUGUUACAACGAGCUGCUGCAGCUGGAGCAUGGAGAAGUAAGGGCACAGUUCAAACUGAGGGCAUGUAAUGCUAUCUUCACAGCAUUGGAACAGAGUCAAGAGGCCAUAGAGAUCACCAAUGAGGAUCAAGUCAUUCAGUAUGUGAACCCUGCCUACGAGAGCAUCAUGGGUUACCAGCAAGGCGAACUAAUAGGGAAGGAAAUUAUAGAAGUGCCUAAAAGUGAAAAGAAUAAGCCUGAUCUUCUUGAAACGAUAAACUCCUGCAUACGGAAAGGAAAGGAGUGGCAGGGGAUUUAUUAUGCCAAGAAGAAGAACGGGGACAGUGUCCAACAAAAUGUGAAGAUCACACCUGUGAUAGGACAGGGAGGUAAAAUCAGACACUAUGUGUCUAUCCACAGGCCUUUAAAUGAUCAGAAUAAGACGUCCAGUGAACGAGUGCAGGCAGAGUCUCAGACAGACAUCCAGUCCAGUAAGCAUAAGGACCGGAGGAAAGGCUCGUUGGAUGUCAGAUCAACUACGUCUCGAGGGAGCGAUGGCAGUUCCCAGAGAAGGCACUCCUCCAUGGCCAGAAUCCACUCCAUGACCAUCGAAGCUCCAAUCACCAAGGUGAUCAACAUCAUCAACGCGGCCCAGGAGUCUAGUCCUAUGCCUGUAGCAGAGGCCCUGGACCGGGUCCUGGAGAUCCUGAGGACCACAGAGCUCUACUCUCCUCAGCUGGGCACCAAGGAGGAAGACCCCCAUACUAACGACCUGGUGGGAGGACUGAUGACGGAUGGCUUGCGCAGAUUGUCAGGAAACGAAUACAUCUUUGCUACCAAGCAGCCCCACCUCCCGAGUCACCUAGCCAUGCCCCUGUCGUUGAAUGACAUCCCUCCUCGCGUUGCCCAGACGAUGGAGAAUGAAGACUCCUGGGACUUUGACAUCUUCGACCUGGAGACUGCCUGCCUGAAACGGCCUCUGACCUAUCUGGGCCUGAAGAUCUUCUCUCGGUUCGGGGUGUGUGAGUUCCUGAGCUGUCCCGAGUCCGCUCUCCGCUCCUGGCUGCAGGGGAUCGAGGCUAACUACCACUCCACCAACUCCUACCACAACUCCUCACAUGCUGCCGAUGUCCUGCACGCUACCGCAUACUUCCUCUGCAAGGAGAGGGUCAAGCAAAGUCUGGACCAGAUUGAUGAGGUGGCGGCUCUGAUAGCAGCCACGGUACACGACGUGGAUCACCCGGGACGCACCAACAGCUUCCUGUGUAAUGCAGGAAGUGAGCUGGCCAUCCUGUACAACGACACGGCCGUGCUAGAGAGCCACCACGCUGCCCUUGCCUUCCAGAUCACCACACGGGACGACAAGUGCAACAUCUUCAAGAACAUGGAGAGGAAUGAGUACCGUACCCUGCGUCAGGCCAUCAUAGACAUGGUGCUAGCCACAGAGAUGACAAAACACUUUGAGCACGUCAACAAGUUCGUCAACAGCAUCAACAAGCCGCUGGCCGCGCUGGAGGAGAACGGGGGAAUCGGUGACGAGGAGUCUGUCAAAGGCAUCCUAACGUCCCCAGACAACCGGAUCCUUGUCAAGCGCAUGCUGAUCAAGUGUGCCGACAUCUCCAAUCCGUGCCGACCGCUGGAGCUGUGUAUAGAAUGGGCGGGGCGCAUCUCAGAAGAAUACUUUGCACAGACUGACGAGGAGAAGAGACAGAGCCUGCCAGUGGUCAUGCCUGUGUUUGACAGGAACACCUGCAGCAUUCCCAAGUCCCAGAUCUCCUUCAUAGACUACUUUAUUACAGACAUGUUCGACGCCUGGGAUGCGUUCGCAGACCUUCCCAACCUCAUGCAGCACCUGGACAACAACUUCAAGUACUGGAAAGGCCUGGACGAGCGGAAGCUGCACAGCCUGCGUCCUCCCCCAGAGUAGGAGCACCCUGUCUUGGGUCGACGCCGGGCCCCGGGCCCCUCCCUGGUUCCUGUCCUCCUCAUCUCCUCUCUCUCCCUGUCAGCCCAGCUCCGUCCAGGGCUACCAAGCCUUCACUCUCCUGCUUCUGUGUAGCACGCCACCAAGCGUCCACAUGUCCGUCCAACAGAGACAACACAGACGGACGGACAGACGGACGGACGGACAAGCUGCAGCAACACCAGGCUCUUGCUUCAUACGUAAACCUCGCCAGCUGAGGAUGGACGACGGACAGACACGCGGAGCCUCAGAGUCCUUAUAAACUACCAGUGAAUGAUGGGCUUGACUGUAUGCGCCUACUGCUGCCAGUGAGGCUGUGUGAGGGACGGUUCUUCUCCCAGCCAACCUGGUGAUGGAUGUACCAUCCCCCUAAUACUCUCACACACACGGGUUCCCCCUGCCUCUCUCUCUCUCUCUCUCUCUCUCUCUCUGUCAGUCAGAGGCUGAUGAUGUUGCCGUCUCUCUGCAGACUGACUGCUGGUUUGCUGUUGGUAGAAGCUACAGAGAAAAGAAACACACAAACAAACUGAAUAUUGAGAUGUCAGGUGGUUUCAAGUCUCUGGCACCUCCAAUGAGAAACUGUUUUUGAGGAUCGGCUGAUGGAGAGUUCACAUUACACAGUUUUCGUCCCAAAUGGCACCCUAUUCCCUAUAUAGUGCACUACUUUUAGGAUAAAAGAGUCUAUCGGGCUCUGCUCAUAAGAAGUGCACUUUAUAGAGAAUAGGGUGCCAUUUGGGACGGCCCGGUGUCAAAUCCACGUCAGACCGCACUACCCUCUAUCGCCCCCCAGUGGCCACCAGACUGAACUACACCUCCACCACCCUUUACUAUGUCUUCUAGCUGUAUUUCCUUUGUUUGUUUGUCCUGCAGAAACACGUAGUCCACUAGAGGACCUGUAGCGAUGGGAUGGGACACGAGGCCGUCCUAAACACACUGAAAGUAUGUUCCAUAUGCCACCCGAUUCCCUUUAUAGCGCACUACUUUAGACCAGAACCCUAGUCAAAAGUAGUGGACUAGUACCCUAUAGGCCCUGGUCAAAAG